AUGGAUGAACCCGAUUCGGAUCUCGGAUCCUACCCAAUCCCACCCGCUUCGGUCCAUCUCGCACACUUCUCCUCUCUCACUCCUCCUCCCUCUACUCGUCUCCUCCUAUCAAGCCACGUCACCCGUCGUACACAUCGACUGCAAUCGUCUCUCCCGCUACCUUACCUAUCUCUCCAGGGUUUACUCGGUGAAGCCAUCUCUGCGAGAUCCAUCGGAGGCAGGAUGAGCCGAGAGGAAGCCCCCGCAUGGGAGCUCUUUACCCCUUACCAGAGAUUCCUGAUUGUUGCGAUUAUCGGCGUCGCCGCCGCUGAGUCGAAGAAGAACUGUGUGAUUCAAAAUCUCCAGAAAUCUGUUGAUUUCAGGGACCAGGUUCUUUCAAACAUGCAACAGAAGUUGGACGAUUUGUGUCAGCAGCUAAGUCUUGCCAAGGAUGAGUCUGGAGAUGGAUCCAAGGUGUUAGAUCAUGAUGGUGAUCUACAGUCAGCUUUCAGAGACAAGUUUGGAUCUGAGAAGGUUAAAUUUCUAGAGUGUGGUUGCUGGCUAUGUGAUCAACAUCAUCACUCCUCACCACCUGCUACACAGGAUAAAGCUCCGGCAGGUAUGGUGAUUGACGCUGAGCCAGAGGAGAGGCGUAUGUCUUACUUGUCAGAUUGGUGUUCUAGUGACACCACUGCUGCAGAAAUACAUUUCGAUAAUCUUUCACUGGACCAAGACAUGCUUUCGCUCAGAAAGGAGUGUCAAGAGAAAGAUGCAACGAUAAAGGACCUAACUUCAUUUCUUCAGUUAAUCAACAAAGCUGGUUCAAAACGAGAAACAGAGCUUGAAGAGAUUAUUCGCAGGAAGAAGACAAUUAUCAAGAAGCUCAAGAGGGACGUAUUUGUUUUAGAAGAAAAGGUCACACAGCUCACUAAACCCCGGAGGUGGUCAUGUUCAGCUGCAAUCCCAAGUACUCGUGAAUUCCCAAUGAGAGUAGACAAUCUUCUUUAUGAUAUGGAUGUUUCUACAGCUUCUUCAUCCUCUGAUUCAGAAACUCCUGCCUACACACCUCGACCAACUGUGUUGGAAGAUGCUCCAGUUAAUGUUUCUACAGCUUCUUCAUCUGCUGAUUCAGAAACUUCUGCGUACACACCUGGACAAACUGUGUUGAGGGAUGUUCCAGUUGAUUCCAUCAAGGAGGAACCAUCAGCUCUGGGACAAACGCAAAAGUCAGCGCCAGCUAAAUCCUCGUCCUCAUUUGUGAAAGCUGUGGAGCCGCUUUCAGUAGUUACUCCAUCGACUAAUGGGAAGCCUGUUUCAGUGUCCUCUUCUUCUCCAAGGAUGAGAUGCGCUUCUUCUUCUAGUGGUGACUCAAAGAAACAUAGAAGGCCAGUUCAGGUUGCCCCAAGAGCUUCCUUUGGUACAAGUAAGAGAUGGGUUUAGUACAUUAUUUGGAUCUAUCGGUGAGUAUCAUUUGCCAUUUCUGACAGAAAAACAUGUUAUAUAUGUAGCUAGAAGUAUGAUAUGUUCCAUAAUUAAGGAUGUUGAC